AAAGGCCACGGCUUGGUAGCUAAUAAGUGGGGAUAAACGAGGAGACUCUCCGCCCAACUCCCCCGUGCUUGAAUCUAUUUCACCGAAGCCUGGGGACGCUGAGAAGACCCCAGCGCAGUGGACGGCGCCCCCUGCCCCUUCCCUGAGGCUAAGGGCGAUCAUCCCUCCAGCCUUCACCCACUCCGCAGCGCGCGUGCGCCCGCUCCACUCGGCUGGGCGCGCGCCCCAGCAGCCCUACGCAUGCGCAGCCUCGCGGUAGCAGGAGCUCUCAGAGCAGCCGGUCCCCUUUCAGUCCCUCCCAGUGACGGAGGGAGGCUGUUAGCUUCGCCAGCAGCUGUGGAGCGACGAGGGUGGCCCAUGGACCUGCCAGAGAGCCCAACGGAUGGCCCCGCUACUCAGAUGUACCUCUGGGAACAGCCGGAGGAGGGGCGCCUGGAGACACCGCUCAGCUUAGAGGACCAAAUACUCAACUCUAUGUUCGAAGCUUGUGACCCCCAGAGGACAGGCUCUGUGGCUGUGACCCGAGUACUAGCCUACCUGGAGGCUGUGACAGGACAGGGCCCCCAGGAUGCACGCCUCCAAACACUGGCCUGCAGCUUGGACCCCAAUGGGGAGGGCCCUCAGGCCACCGUGGACUUGGACACUUUCCUGGUCGUCAUGCGAGACUGGAUCACUGCCUGUCAGCUGGAUGGAGGAUUAGAGCUGGAAGAGGAGACUACCUUCGAGGGGGCCCUGACCUCCCAGCAGCUGCCAUCUGGAGGCCCCGACACAGAGGAGCCAGCCAACCUGGAGAGCUUCGGAGGCGAAGACCCCAGACCUGAGCUGCUGGGCACAGCUGACUUGCUGAGCAGCCUGGAGGACCUGGAGCUCAGUAACCGCAGGCUGGCUGGGGAGAACGCCAAAUUGCAGCGCAGCGUGGAGACCGCUGAGGAGGGGUCUGCGCGCCUUGGGGAGGAGAUCUUGGCCCUGCGCAAGCAGCUCCGCAGUACCCAGCAGGCCCUGCAGUUUGCCAAGGCUGUGGACGAGGAGCUGGAGGACCUGAAGAGUCUGGCCAAGAGCCUGGAGGAACAGAAUCGCAGUCUUCUGGCCCAGGCCCGGCAGACAGAAAAGGAACAGCAGCAUCUGGUGGCUGAAAUGGAGACUCUGCAGGAGGAGAAUGGAAAGCUACUGGCUGAGCGGGAUGGAGUGAAGAGGAGGACUGAGGAGCUGGCCAUGGAGAAGGAUGCUUUGAAGCGGCAGCUCUAUGAGUGUGAACGCCUCAUUUGCCAGCGAGACACCGACCUCUCUGAGCGCACGUGCCACGCAGAGAGUCUGGCCAAGACCUUGGAAGAGUACAGAACAACAACCCAGGAACUGAGGUUGGAAAUCUCUCACCUGGAGGAGCAGCUGAGUCAGAUCCAUAAGGGGCCAGAUGAGCACGGAGGCCGUCCCCCUCCUGACUGUGUGGCCAGGCUACCCAAAGGGGCUGAGGCGAGAAGAGUGGACUGGACCAAGCUGCUGCCCCCAUCACUGGGCGUGGAGAUCCAGGCCAUUCAGCAGAAACAACUUCCCCAGAAACAAGAAGAGGCAGCCACCCAUCUCUCCAGCCCUCUGUGCGGGGUGUGGCAGUGGGAGGAGGGCACCAGUGAGAGCGAUGAGGAAGCCGAGUUUCUGCCUGAAGCCCCAGCUGAGGGACAGAUGAACUUCCAGGGAGAGCCAGCGUACCAGCAUGAAGGAAGGAAGGAGCGGUCAAUGUGGUUGCCCAGAAGAGAGGAAGAGGAGGAAACAGAGAUCCACGUCACGGCUGAUCUCUCCAUCCUUCUGGGAGACCCUCACCCUGGAGACAUUCCAAGAAGCCCUCCUGAGAGCAGCCCCUCCCAGCCAGACCUACAGCACGCGCUGGUGCCUGUGGAGAGGAAGCUGGUUCCGGUUAGGAGGCCAGUCUGGAGCCACUUCUGCCUGUGCCCCCUGCACCCCCAACCCCAGCAGCUCAGGGUCGCGCGGCAUCUGCUGAUUCCCGCACCAGUCCUGGGCCUCCUGCUGCUGCUGCUGCUCUCCGUCCUGCUGCUGGGCCAGCCCCCGCCCCCCACCUGGCCCCACCUCCAGCUCUGCUACCUCGGCCCCCCGCCAGUGUGAGCCCUGCUCCCCGCCCCUCAGAGCAAUGUCUAGUUCAGUGAAUUUCUCCGACUCUUUCUACUGUUGUUCCUAUUGUUGUGCUACUGUUAUCAAGACCCCAGAUGCAGUUCAGGACUCCAGGAUCCACACCCCGAAAUGGGGUCUUUAUGUGAAGCUCUUGGUUUUGUGAUGCUUUUUACUACAUUUCUUGAUAAGAGCGACACACGCCCAAUAAUGGAGUAAGUGCUAGGGGUUUAGUUUCCUCCAAAACAAGCCUGGAGAACAGCACGAGGCCCACAGCUGCUAGUGCACUGAGCCUGUGAUCCUCCUGGCCCUUCCCUCAUGCUCGGGGGAUGGCGGACAUUGUGGCUUCAUCCAUCAUCUCUGCGGAGAGAAGGCGAAGUGGCUCUUCUUUUUUAUAAAGAAAAGCAGGAGCCUUCCCAGAGCCAGCAGCAGACCUGUGUUUACAUCUUGUUGGCCACACUGUUUGGCAUCAUCACCCGUAGCUGCAAGGAGACCAAGCGCCUCUCCUGGCAGAAAGAGGGAGAAGGAGAUGUGGGCCGGGCACACCGCAGAUGUCUGUCCGCCGGUGCAGAGGGCCAGCAGGAAGUGGACCAGGGCGCCAUUUGUUCACUCCACAGACACAGUUGCCCCAGCUAGACCUUAAAGGAUAAAGCUGUAGAGACACAGGCCCUCCAGUGUCAGGCCGAGGAGCGUUCAUUUUCCCCAAGGAUGAUGGGAGGUUUGGGAGGUUUUGUUGCUUGUUUUUGGUUAUUUAUGUCUUAAUUGAGGUGUAACUGACAUACAGAUAAAUGGACAAAUCUUAAGUAUCAGCUGGAUGAAUUUCUGCAUAUGUAAACAUUGAAACUAAAACCCGACCCAGGUCAAGAUAUAGACCAGUUUCAGCACCACAGAGGCUUCCAUGGGAGAGUUUUGGGCAAGGGUGGGACAGAAUCCCACCCCCAAAAGGCACCCAACUCAGCCUGGAGGAUAGAGGUUUCUUCCCAGAUCCAUGACACCGGUUUAGUCCUGAAAGGUGGGUGACGUUGGUGACAGUGAGCAGGGGCUGAGGCGGAUGCCGCAGGCAGAGGAAGUAAAUGUGUGUGAAGACCAGGGCGUGGGAAAGAUCCUCCGUGUGAGAGCCAUAGGCAGCACCGUGCUGCUGGGAUUAAAACUGAGAGCGCAGCCAGCAUGGCUCAGUGGUUGAGUGUCACCCUAUGAACCAGGAGGUCACAGUUCAAUUCCUGGUCUGGGCACGUGCCAGGGUUGAGGGCUCGAUCCCCAGUGGGGCGUGCAGGAGGCAGCCAGUCAAUGAUGCUCUCUCAGUACUAAUGUUUUUCUCUCC